AUGUCAAAAAUAGUCAAGAUGGAAAAACAUAAAAAAAAAACUUUAUUUAAGUUGAUGAAAACACUGUUCAAUUAAUAAAUAGUAAUUGUACAGAAAACGUUACAAAAAAAAUCAUUUAAAUGUUUUGAAUAAAGCCUUAUUCAUUUCAUAAUAAUAAUAAAAAUAAUGUGAAAUUAUUUCUUAGAUGUUAUUUAAAAAAUCAUGACCGAACAACAUAUCGACGAGGCUUUAGCCUCUUUGGAUAUUCUCAUGUCGGAGUUUUUUGCUCCGACGACAACUAAUAUAAGAAAACGUGAAAUUGAAAGCAUGCUGGAAGACUUUUCAAAUCGCAGAGACUCGUGGAAACAUUGUCUCCUAUUUCUUCAAAAGUCACAGAAUCAGUAUGUUUUGAUGUUCUCUCUAACGACGUUAGAGAACACUAUCAACAGACAAUGGAUUGGUAUAUCAGAUGAAAACAAGACAGAGAUCAGGUUAACACUAUGGAAUGAAUUAAUGGCAAAACAUGAAAUUAUGUUAUACUUCAUAAGAAACAAAAUGGCCCACCUUAUGGUUUCAAUAGCCAAAUAUGAUUGGCCACAUUUAUAUGAGGAUUUCUUUAGUAAUAUUGUCGAGUUAAUAAAACGUGAAGGCCGAGAGUGCUUACUAGGUCUCAUACUAGCACAGGCUGCAAGCGAAGAAUUAGGAGUUGCACGUGAUACUGGUGUACUGUUGCCUUCUGCUAGGAGGAAUCAAUUAGAGCGACUAAUGCUGAAAGGAAUGCCACAGAUGCUGGCAGCCCUUAGUGCAAUUUUAGAGAAAAACGCUCAGAAAGAAGGUCAAUCCAAUCCUCCACCAUCACCCACAAAUGGUGCUCCACAGACUUCAGCUCUCCCAGACCUAUUAGCAAAUGCUCACGAAAUACAAGCUGUAGAUAAGUGUCUGAAUAUGGAAAAUGUAGUGAAGUGUUUGACUACAUUACAGCAUUUAUUUUCAUGGUUACCACUAUCUUCCCAUGUGCCGCCUUCUCUUGUUACCACAGUAUUCUAUUGGGGGAGUAUAGCCACACAGUCAAUGAGCGGGGAGGCAGCGCUGGCGGGGUUGGGGGGUGUGUGCGAGUUGUUGUACCGACGUUACGCGCCGCCCUCGUCGGCUGCCACGGCGCUGCGGCUGCAUCACGCCGCGUUGCGUUUGCUUCGGCACCUCACGCACGCACCUCAUCAACUACCACACCUACAUCACGAUUAUUUGAAUAAACUAGCGGAGUUCCUAAAACUAUUUGUGUCAUUACAUUUCAAGAGAUUGGAGGCAGAACCUGAAUUCGAUGCCCUAGAAUUCCUUUCCUAUUUAUUCCAAUACACAUUCCAGGUGCCUACAUGUGCUAUAUUUGUAAAUUGUUUAGACAUUUGGAUACAGUUCAUUGACAUAUUGAAACCAGAGGAUAUACCUAAAUAUUGGGAAGCAUUACAAGCCUUAGUUAAUGGUGUGUUGAAUAAAAUACAAUUCCAGCAUAAUAAAGCACAACUACAACAUUUGGAUAAUGAUCUGUGUGAUGAUGAUGGUGAAACAGAAUAUCAGACAUUCCUGAAACAUUGCAUUGAAUGUGUGGCGAGAGUGGCUGAUUUGGCGCCCUUGGACGUAUUCACUUGUGUCUUGGAGCGGUGGCAGUGCCUGGUGGGCGUGCACGGGCGCGCGGCGUGGCGGGCGGGCGCGGCGGCGGGCGCGGAGGGGGAGCGCCUGCUCGUGGCGCUGCUCGACCUCGCCGUGCUCACCCGCGUGCUCGGACGACUCGCUCCUGCGCUGCUUUCCGAGUCUGAGAGCGGACGGCGCGUGUCGGCGGUGCAGCUCGGCGGCGUGCUGCUGGAGCGCGCGGGCGCCGCCCUCGCCGCGCCGCCCCUCGCCCGCGGCCACCCUCCGCACUACGCACGUGCUCUACUGCAUAUUCACGCCGAGAUGUUCGCGUGCAUGGGCGCUUGGUGCUGUUACGCGACCGACUGCGGCGUGCCCGUACAAACUAUGGAAGGCCUGUUCUCGUCUACGGUGCCUUUUCUGCUACCUCGUGAUAUCCCUGAACCUCCGUUACUGUGCCAAGCGGCUGCGCAGCUGCUAUUGAGUUUAUCGAAAAACGUUAAGUUGACAAGUGAUCCCAUGUCGCUCGUCGGCGAACUGUACAAUCACGCGCAACGCUCCCUGCACUACCUGGAACCGAAAACGGCGGGCGCGGUCCGCGAGGCGCUGGUGUCGCUGUUCGUGCGCGGGACGGGCGAGCGGGCGCGCGCGCUGGUGGCGGCGUGGGGGGCGGGGGCGGGGGCCGCGCCGCGCGCCGCACUGCCGCCGCUCACUGCGCUGCUGCACGCCUUCGCGGACGCAUCCACGCACUCCAAAAAGAUAAUAGCGGAAGGCAUACAAAACGCAGCGGAAACGGCGCUUCGGAUGCUGUGCGAGCCCAGCGGAAUGUAUGCAGCCGCAGAGACCGAGAUAACGGAUUUCUUUCUAGCACUUUUCACCGCGUUACUGCCGCAGCUCGGGAACUUUACUUACGCCGCCAUCGACGUGUUCCUUGAUGUAGCUCAGAGGGGCGGCACGGAGGGCAGCCUGGAGCGGCUGGUGCAGUGCGUGCGGCUGGGCGUGGAGGCGGGCGGCGGCGGCGUGCGCGUGGACGUGGUGCUCGAGCUGCUGCACCGCCACGUGCUGCCGCGCGCCUCGCACCUGGCGCCGGACCUCGCGCGGGCCGCGCACGCGCUGCUAGCCAGCGUAUUAAUUCAUCGGUGGCGAUACUUCUUCCCGCACAAGUGCGACACGGCGGAGGGGGGGCGGCGCGCGGACGAGUUCCGCGGCGCGCUGUCUGCGCUCGGGCGCGCCCUGCUGCUGCCCGACAUAGAGCUGCUCAAGCUCAACAUUGCGACGCUCGAGACGCUCAACAGCAAGUGGAAACUCUAUCAUAAAGCUAUAUUCCGUUCGGAGUUCCUGUGCGAGUUCCUGUCGGUGGCGCUGGGCGGGCUGGCGGAGGGCGGCUGGCGCGGGCUGGCGCGCGACGAGCUGACGGCGGCGGUGCACGCGAUGGCGGCGGUCGACUUCUCCGCGUUCCGCCUCGCCUUCCUGCCGCGCUUCCUGCGCUCGCUGCCCGGCCUCGCGCCGCACCACCUGCAGUACCUCGAGAACUUCCCACCAGAUACUGAUCUCCCUACGUUUACACAGAAUAUACAUCGGCUAAUCAACGACGUGAACUGUUACCGCGCCUACAACGCGGCCGCCCCGGUCGACAUGGCCACCUGAUGUCUCCAGCCAAUGUACGUAAGGAAGUGUGAUAUCACUGUCAGUCCAUUCUACACUACUCGUGUAGUAAACUCGGGAAUUGUUCAAUAUGCUAUGAAUUUAUAAAAUUCGCUUUAUUUCAGAUUAAUAUAGUAUUUUUGUAAAAAAAAAAUGUAUUGAAAAUAACAACUUGAGAAAUGUCUUCUCCAAUAACGUCACCUUCUUUAGAGAAUCUUCAUUUUAGGCUCUGUAUUUAUUGAUGUUGGAAUUGAAAUCACUAGAAUUAUUUAUCAAUUUGCUGCAUUAAUAUCUAUUAAUUAUAAUAAAUAAUAUAUAUGUUGGUUUUCCAUCAAUAAAAUGUACAUGUCCUAAAAAAAGUAGGCAAUGUUCUUAGUAAAAUAUAUUUUUCCCUAUGAUUUUUACGAUAUGAGGACGUUUGUGUUGAAAAAGUCUCUCAGACAGUUCUUAAUUUAUACAUACUAGUGUUCCAGCAGUUGUGGAAAUUUGAGCAUAACCACUGACAACUUAUGAUCUACAAUUCAACUUAGGAUUAACAAUUUACUAUAUGUAUUUUCAUACAUGUACAUUUUCAUGAAAACAUUUGAAUAACCUCUUUUUUUUCAAAAAAAAACAAACAGGAGGAAAUGAGGAAUGUCACGUGGAAAGUAAAACUAAAUUCGCUUCUAAAAUAUUGUCACAUUGUACAAACAUUGUACAUCUCUGGGCUAGACCAGUUGUAUUGCUGUUUGACUACCAAAUACCCAUUACAAAGGUACUCAGUCCGAGAAUCUCAUUUAUAUCCCGUAGGAAAGUAGUCAGGAACCUCAACCACCAAACUAGACUUUUGAUGUGAAACAUAAAACCGAUUUCUGGCGUGGCGACGCGUCGCCACGCUAUAUAUAUACGGUCUAUACGCAGUAGUGUGUAUGGAGUGGCGACGCGUCGCGAUGCGUAAUCGACUGUACGAUUCUCUCCCACUCGAUCCGGCGUUAAGCCAUCUCUCUCGCUACACUGAUCUCGGAUAUCUAUAGUGUAUACUCCGUAGUGUAUACAGUGUUGCUUACUACAGUACAUAUAACCUGUGUUUUACUUGAAAACAAAUUAUUUUUUCGUAAUAUUUUAUUUUAUCAUUAUGACAUAUUUAGUUCCUAUCACGAUCUGUUCUUUUCUGCAUAUUACUUUUACAAAAUAAUGUCGAUGUUUCACAUCUACUAGGCGUCCCGUGACGGCUCACAUUUUUUUUAUUAUUAUUUUUUCCACCACCACACUUAGCUAGAGAAGAUACAUUUCAUAGAACUUGAUGAAACUUUUCACCGUUCAUAGGGUUAACACAAAAUAGGUGUGUAUAUUUUAUCGUGGUAGCCUGUAUAGUAAGCGGCACGUAAGUUGGCAAGGUUUUGGUGUAGUGGGGGUAAUGUCACGCAUUGCAACAAAAAAAUGGUCACUUUUAUUGCCCGUAUAGAAUUUAAUUUAUUUUUAUUAAAUUAUUUAUUUGCCAUAAUUUAUUUUUAAGCCUCUGUGUUUAGAAGAAAAUUAAAGAAAAGAAAGAAAUUCGUGAAGUGUAUUAGGUGUUAUAAAAAUAAAAUACAAUUAAAAGUUAAGAAGUUUAUUUAAAUAAAUAUACUUAAUAUUAAAAAUUAUGUGUCGCCGUCGUCUAUCAUUUUUUAAUAGUGCUACCUCUUGGAUUAAAUUUAUGGUAGCGCCUGAGCUGGUGGAAGGAGUUGGCUCCUCAUCGUCGACAUAACGAAGAGUCGCCGUCGUCACCGGCGUAAAUAAUAAAACGCUCAGUGACUGAAUCGACUAUAUGGCAUUGGUAUUUGGUCCUGGCAUUGCAAACAAACUUAAAACAAUAACACUCGUAACAAAAACUAAAUUUAAAACAAUAAUAACAACCCUUAACAAAAACUCAAUAUAAACAAAGGGUUCCUACAACUUUAGUAGGCGCAUGUAUAAUCGGGAGCGAACGGAUGGCGGACGCGGUGCGGGAGGGGAGGGUCGACUGACUCACCAAUCGCGCGCUCGGAAUGGUGCUACGUCUUUCCCCGCGUCCCGCUUGACAACCACAGAGACCUAAAAAACGACUUCUGCGCAUCUAGCGACUCUUGCCAAGUUACGUGCCGGUUAUCUACUAAAUUGCCUUGACCGAUUGUUGAAGAUGCCCGUGGUGCGGUUUGUUGGGGUCACUUAACCUAACCUAACUUAAAAAUCGUUCAAAAUAAAGCAUUUCUUAGGAGGUGAUAAAGAAAAUUGAAAAAAUUACACAGAAACAGAAUGAUAAAUUGAUCAAAUGUACCUACUAAUAAUACAAUAAAUGUACGAUUUUUUUGUUCUUAGAUUAGUUACCAAUUGGCGUUUUUCACAUUGAGAUGCGAGAUCACACCACUGUGUUUGCAUUUAUUUUAUCUUUUUUUUCUUCAUUAAAAGUAAAAAUUAUCCGCUUUCCGAGUUUGUAGUUCAAUCAUUUAGAACUAGUCAUUUUAUGGGCGCAGCAUAACAAAUAUAAUUAUAUUUUGGUGGUAUUUAAACGUAUUUUCGCAAGUAAGUGCCUAAAUUACAAAAUGAAUACCUCGAGUUAUGUCGGAAUAAUUUGCGGUGCGAAUUGUAUGUAAUAAUAUUAGGUAAAGUAUAAUAUAGAUAUUGUAAUAAGUACUUAAGACAAACAAAACACAACAACACAUUCAUAAUUCAUAACGAAUUAUUGUUUUUACAAAUACUCUGUAUCCGUUGAAUAUACAUCAAUUAUCAUACAAUGUUAUCAUAAAUAAUUUUACGCCUCUUACCACGUCUUAAAAAGUGCAUAAAAGUUCUUGUAAUAUUUUUUUAAUUUAAUUCGAUAAAAGUGAGGGUUAAAUGAAAUGAAUGAUGACGAAUUAGUUAAAGUCAUGUAGGUACUUUGACUAAAUUUCAUUUAACCCUUUCUCUACGGCAGUGCCAUAGUGUGCAUCUUGCGCAUAAAUAAAUUGGGCACUCGUCCUUCGGUGCAUCCUUGUCAUUCUCCGUACUCUUCUUUGUUUUACAUAAACAAUACAAAGAUAAUGUAGCAUAUUUAAUAUGUCAAAUUAAAAUUCUCAACAAUUAAAAAUAAAUAUACAUGGUUAAGAGAUCGAGACAAGUGCCAUCGAUGUGCAGGAAUCUACAAACAAGAAUAUCGUGGGGUUGAUGAUCCAGCGGUAACACGCGGAUGCCGUCUAGAGCAGACGAUCGGAGCGGAAGGGUUAAUAAAUGAACUAUACACUCCAUGCAAAUCUAUAUCUUUGUCUGAAAAACAUUUACUUGCAUUUAUACAGAUUGUGUAUAUGACAACAUAAUUUAUGUCUGGUAAUAAUCCUAAACACAGCAACCAUUACUUCUAUAUAUCAUUAGUUUUUAUAAUUGUAGAAAAUAAAAUUAUAAAAUAUU